CAAAUAAAUAAAUAACAGCUAUGCCUAGUAUAAUUACAGUGCAGGUAAAUACUCGUUGUUCUAAAAAAAAAGAAGAAAAAAAUAGUGUUUAUGAUAAAGCCCUUAAAAAAACAGUGACGGAUAUAAUGUUGUCAUGUUGCAUAUUAUUGUCAAACCUAUUAGUGUAUGAUAAGAAAAGAAGACUUACAUUUGCUGCGAUUUCUUUAUCCUUUCUCUUUUUAUUGCGUAAUUGCGCAGCGCUCUGGUAACAUGCAUGUGUAUUAAUCGAGUGAUUUAUUGAGAAAUGGACCUGCUCUUGUCUCUUUAUAGCAGCCAGCCUAUGACAUACCAGUGUGGAUCAAUAUCACUUGAAUGCACGUCAGAUGCCGUUAAUUUACGUUAUCUUCAGUAAAUUGUACUCGCAAGUUAGAGCGUUUAUAUCCGGCGAUAAUACACGUCUCAAUCAAGAACUUUAGCGCAAAUGUGUUCUAAAUGGAACAGAUUCGCUCCAGAACGUGAUUCCAGGUUACCAGGCUGUCGCUGAGCCGUGGAUACAGCCGUGUGUCGAGGUAAACAAGACGGGAAAACAAGAUAAAUAUCGACAGCUGCAGGCCUUCAACUGAUGCGGUGAUUUAUUCACUGUCAUCAACCAGACAUGAUGAGACCUCCUGUGGUGCUCUGUUAUUUCCUCCUCAUCAUGAGUGAAGGCCUCACAGCAAGCAACACAGCCCGCAGGAGUAUAUCCUUUCAAGACAUGAAAUUGAAACAGUUCAGAGAGCCCGGUUUUGGAAGCUUGAGCUCUUUGAUGAUAAGAGAGGACAUUGGACAACUCGUCCUCGGAGCCAAAGGGAAAGUGUUCACCCUCAGCUUGGAUGACAUCACCAAUAAGACCAGUGAGGCCGAAUGGACAGUGAGUUCAUCAGACAAAGCAAUCUGUCAAACGAAGGGCAAGGACACUGAGGAAUGUGAUAACUUCAUCCGGACUCUACACACAGAGGAGGAUGGGAAAAUGCUGGUGUGUGGAACAAACGCUUUCAACCCUGCAUGUGACUACAUGACUUUCACAAAUGGAAAAGUCUCCCUGGAAGGAAAGAAGCAUGGGGGUCGGGGGAAAGUUCCUUUUGAUCCCUACCAACGCUUUGCUUUCCUUACGGCUGGAAACACUUUGUUCUCUGCCACUUCCUCCAACUUUCUGGGCACAGAACUGGUGUUUCAGAGACACGGACAGAACCCCCUGAAGACUGAAAUGAAACUCUCCUGGUUCAACGAGCCUACCAUGAUUUCAAUAAGCCUUACUGAAGCAAGCAAAAACAGUGAGGACGGCAAAGACGAUAAUGUAUUCCUUUUCUUCACUGAAAACGCUGUAGAGGAACGUCAUAACAUCCAGGUGUCAAGGAUUGCACGUGUGUGUAAGAGUGACUUGGGGGGCAAAAGAACCCUGCAGAGAAAGUGGACGUCUUUCCUGAAGGCCCGUUUGGACUGUCCAUUUGGCGAUGCUGGUUCACCAGCUCUGGUUCAGGACGCUUUCCUUCUCCAAGACCAAAAUAACUGGAAGGAUAGCAUCUUCUACGCCACAUUCACCACUAACUCGGAGUCCUCAGGUGCUUGCAGCCAGUCUGCUGUCUGUGCCUACAAGCUAUCAGACAUCAGCCGGGUGUUCAGCGGUAGAUUUUUGACUGAGACAGAUAAUGGGAGGUGGGAGACAUACACAGGAGAGGAGCCAUUCCCUCACCCUGGUUCAUGCAUUAACGAUGAACUGCGGGCCAAAAGUGUCAUGACCUCUCUCGACCUCUCAGACAAAACCCUGCUGUUUGUGAAGAACCACCCUCUGAUGGAGGGAGUAGUUACACCAAUCACUGGUAAGCCUCUGCUGGUCCACUCAGAGACACGAUUUUCCAAAAUUGUCGUGGACCAAAUCACUUCACCGGAUGGACGACGGCAUCAAGUUCUGCUUAUUGGCACAGACUCUGGUUGGCUGCAAAAGGCAGUGAAGUUUGAUGGAGAGAACAGCCACAUCGUCGAGGAGCUGCAGCUGUUUCAAACUCCUCAGCCUGUUGACUUUCUCCAGCUCUCCUCUAAAACAGGCCAGCUGUACUGUGGCACCAAUAACAUUACUGUUCAAGUUAAUAUAAGGGACUGCAGCCGAUACACAUCAUGUGAUGACUGCCUUCUAGCCAGAGACCCAUACUGUGGCUGGGACAGGAUCAGAGGCCAGUGUGCCUCUGUUGUUGGUGCAUUUCUUGGGUCAAUGAUUCAGAGUUUGAGUGAUGGAGACAUCCAGAUGUGCCCAGUCUCUGAGUUGAAAAAGAAGCCUGCCAUCGUCCACCUCAUCACCGGUAUAGCACAGUUCCUCCCAUGUUCCCCUGAGACAAACCUCCCAGUCAAGUGGCGCCUCUCUGACAGCAUCCUUCUUCCUGGGCCCCGACACAAUGUGCUCAGCCAGGGUCUCAUAAUCAGACCCUCCUAUUCUGAUUCUGGCAUUUACUCCUGUGAGACAGUGGAAACAGUAAAGGGUAAAGUGCACCGGAAGACUGUGGUCCAGUACUUUGUCCAGGUUCAUGACACUUACACUCUUAUCAAGAUCAUGCAGGCAGCUGUGAUCACCUUGGCUGUUUUCACCUGUUUACUAAUAUACCGAAUGGCAAAACAGCGAAAUCGCAUCACUUGUGGCAACAGAAACUGUCACCAGGCAGGGGAGCGCAGUGCGGAGACUGCAUCUGUACUCCCAGAAUGCACUGUGGCAGAAGUAACAAAGUGAUCCCUCCUUUUGCAUUUUUUGUCAUCGUCUCACAAGUAUGUUCCCCUCAAAGCAAAAAAAAUAA